AUGCCAGUCACCGAGUUCGCCGUCCUCGAAGCACUGCCGCCAUACGCAGUUGACUCUGCGCCGAUCCAGUCGUUCCUGGCUGACGUAGGGAGGCAGCAAGCGUCAUGGUCGGGCUAUCCGCUCAUGUUCUUCAGAGACACGGUCUCGCCUACGCACGUCUACCUCGUCUCUGGGUGGAAGGAUGUCCCCGCGCACAACGUGUGGAUCGCGUCGGAACCAAACCAGGAGCUGCUGCGAAGGGCUGCGUCCAUCCUUGCCGUCAGGGAGUUUUUCCAUCUCGGCAUCGACUUUGAGACGAUGCCUGUCGGAGUGCAGCGGAUGACCUGGGAGGUGUCGCUGCGUGGGCAUGCGGGGGCCGAGAGCGAUGCUGAAACGGUGACCGGCGGGCGGUGGAACAUGGUGUGGGAAGGAGCGGGUCCU